AUUGAGUCUACACGUGUCCGCAUGGUUUUCUCUCUCUUAAAGCUCAGCAAGGGAAAUUGAAAAGGAGAAACGAAAUAUAAAAUCAAGGCAGCGUAAUUAUUACCGAGUCUACUUUGAGCCCUUUUCAGUUGAUAAUGUAAGAAACUUUUGAAAAGAUGUGUUGUUUGAUGGAAUAGUAAUAACCCAUCUUGUUCUUCGAAAGCUGCAGCUUGGUGCACUAUCGAGAAUUUGUUGAAAAAAAGUUUGAUUCGUAAUCGUAUUAGGCGAGAUUUGUUGGAAAAAGACUGGAUUUGCUUGGUAUGCUUUGAAGAAGCAAAAGAAAAAUAGAGAAAUUCAUAACUUCGAGAGGCUGAGAAGGGUUACCUCAGAUCCACGAAAUACAAAUUACAUGUGUCAAAAAGUUGAGGUUUUCCUUAUGAAUCUUGAGCUUUUUAGCUUUCCUUUUUCCUAGGUUCUUUCUUGGUUUCUCUUCUUGCAGUUAUGGAUAAGGCAGUUUUUCUCUUUCUUCUUUUGUCAUGUUCUAUAGCGUCAUGACCAUAUAUAUAAGGUUUGCCAUUGGAAUGUGAUUUGGUAUUCCUGGUGUUGGCUAUUUUCUGGAAAGGCAUCGAUUUGGAAAUUUUAGAUGCCAAGUUCUCGAACUUGAAUUUUAUUGAAAAGAUAUAUGAUAACAAAUCCAAGCUUGUUACAUCUUUAUCUGACUUCAAUAGAUCGCAUGAUGUCCAUCAUUCCGUAUGGAUCAAAUGUGAUACUGAUACUAGUGGAGUGAUUUCUUUGAUAACUGGUGUAUUUGGAUCUUUGAUCUUGUAGUGGUCCCUUUUUUUUCGCCUUUUUCAGUAUUUUCCGGUUAAUAGCCCCUUCAGAAGAUAUCUUAGUACUAUACUACUAGUUUUCAGUCGAAAGUUUGUAUUUUGUAGUUGAGAUGAAAUAGCUGAACGUAAUUUGACUGAACGAAUCUGAAUAAAUUUGACGGGAUAAUUAAGCAUUUGUUUUAAGUCAUACAACUGAUGGAAGAAAUAUCUCCUUUGGGGGUCACGCUUGGCUUGGCGACUUCUUUGUGUGAAAAUCCGGGAAUUUCACGCCAGUUAGAAAUCACGCGACUCAACCUAGUGGGACAAACAGCUACCUUGCUUGGAGGAAGUGAAUUAAUACCCCUCCAUACUAGUUCAGAUGUAAGCUUGCCGGUUUCUGUUGAGAUCGAGGACAGUGAAAAUAGCAAGACUCUUCCAGAUGAAAGAAUCAUACGGAGUUCAAUAUCCACCAAUGAGUGUCCUAACGGUCUAUCUUUAGAAGAUUCCUUAGUUUCUAUGCCGUUGGUAAAAGAUAAUGGGCCCACCACCAAAGUAGGGAUUGCUAAGAGUGUUUUUGAAUUGGAUUGUGUCCCUCUUUGGGGCUCGGUUUCUAUUUGCGGCCACCGAUUGGAGAUGGAGGAUGCUGUUAUGGUCAAACCUAAUUUCAUGAGGAUACCGAUCAAGAUGUUUGCCGAUGAGAUGGGGAUUAAUGGGAUAAGUUGGACUUUAAGUCAUCUGCGUUCUCAUUUUUUCGGGGUUUAUGAUGGGCAUGGUGGAUCUCAGGUUGCAGAUUACUGUCGAGACCGUCUUCAUGGGGCUUUGGCUGAGGAGUUAAAAAAUCAUGAAAACGAAACAGCGAAUGGAAUGAAGAACACUAGGCAGGCACAGUGGGAAGAAGUGUUCAAGAGCUGCUUUCUGAAAGUCGAUGAAGAAAUAGUAGGAGAUGGGAUCAAUGAUCCAAUUGCACCCCAAACUGUUGGAUCAACGGCUGUUGUUGCAGUUGUGUGUUCGUCUCAUAUCAUAGUUGCCAACUGCGGGGAUUCAAGGGCUGUCCUUUACCGUGGUAAAGAAGCUAUCCCAUUAUCCGUCGAUCACAAACCAACGAGGGAGGAUGAAUAUGAUAGGAUCGUGGGUUGUGGUGGGAUGAUCAUGCAGUGGAACGGACUUCGAGUUCUUGGUGUCCUUGCAAUGUCGAGGUCUAUUGGAGACAAAUAUAUGAAGCCCUGGAUUAUACCCGACCCAGAGGUGAUGCUUGUGCCACGGGCCAAAGAAGACGAGUGCCUCGUCCUAGCCACUGACGGCCUGUGGGACGUGAUGUCAAAUGAGGAAGCAUGCCAAGUGGCAAGAAAACGCAUCCUAAUCUGGCAUAAAAAGAACGGCACAAAUCCAUUACAAAACCGAGGCCAAGGGGUGGAUCCUGCGGCGCAGGACGCGGCCGAGUACCUAUGCAACCUCGCCCUUCAAGAAGGGACCCGAGAUAAUAUUUCUGUAAUCGUGGUCGAUUUGAAGUCCAGAAGGAAGUUCAAGACCAAGCCUUGAACGUGCAAAUGUGUCGUUAUUUUGUUUUUGUUUUUGUUUUUUU